AUGGAGAGUGAGAAAAUUGAUUAUUCAUUCCUGCCAAAAGAAAAAUUCCGAGGAGAUGACUAUCUAUGCCAAUGGAAUGGUUUCUGGUUCAGGCAGCCGUUCCUGGAAGCAGCCCACCAAGUCUUGAAUCACUACAAGCCCCUCCCCACUGAUACAGUCUUAGCUUCUUACCCCAAAACAGGCACAACAUGGCUCAAAGCUUUGCUAUAUUCCGUCAUCAAUCGCUCUUCAAGGGAUUCCAUCCUCACCAACCAUCCCCAUAUGCUUGUUCCCACAUUAGAGAUACAGCUAUAUGGGCCAAAAACAGCGUCUUUUGAUUCUUUUGCUGGCACUGCUAAUUCCUCAUCCAGGAUUUUGGCUACUCAUCUGCCUUACCAGGUCAUUUCUGGCACCAUCAAUUCAACAGAUUGUCGGGUUGUUUACAUCACAAGAAAUCCGAAGGACACCUUGGUAUCAUCAUGGCAUUUUUAUCCAAAAUCAAAGGAGGUUAAAGAUCCAUGGUCUCUAGAGGAUGCAGUGGAGAAGUUCUGCAAUGGUGUUGGCAACUGUGGACCUUAUUAUGAUCAUGUUUUAGGGUACUGGAAAGAGAGCUUGGAGAGGCCUCACAAAGUCUUCUUUAUCACUUAUGAAGAACUGAAAAGUGACACCAAGACUCAUGUCAAGAGGCUGGCUGAGUUCUUGGGGUGCCCAUUUGACGGAUCUGGUAAAGAAGAGGAUGUUCUGGAUGAGAUUGUUAGCAGUUGUAGCUUUGAGAAAAUGAGUAACUAUGAGGCCAAUAAGUCUGAUGAUGGCCAUAUGGGCUGGCUUAAAUUUCCACUCAGUUCUUUCUUUAGACAAGGAGGGACGGGAGAUCACAAGAAUUACUUAACUCCUGAGAUGAUAAACCAUGUUGACAAAAUCACAGCAGAGAAGUUUCAUGGGUCUGGUUUUAUGUAUGGCAUUUAG